AUGAGCGCCCGACUAAGGGAUUCACGGAUGAGGGUCCUGGGGGACAAGUCGCCCAUUCGGAAAGUGAGGGGGUUGGGCCCCGAAGAGGAGUCGGAAUCCGAGUACAUCCCGUCCGGGACGCAAACGUCCACCUACCGUUCGGCAACACAUUCGCGGAACUCGGAGGUUAACCCACUCAACCUACGGAGGCAAACAGAAGACUUCGAUUCCGAGGAAAUCCCUAGCCGAGACCCCGUUGUACGACUCCUUUUUCAAAGAAUCCAGAAAAUGGAGAACGACAACGCCCGCUCCCAGGGGCCAGAGUGGGGAAAGCUUCGACCGGGGCCAUUUACCAGGCGCAUCCAGGACUCUCGGCAGGAUCAGGAAGGGCAGCAGCUUCGGAUACCGUUCUAUACGGGAACGGAAGACCCCUUAACCCACCUCUACUCAUUUCAGUCCGCCAUAGGAUGCAAGGGCUUGAGCGAUGAAGGGCAGUGCCUGCUAUUCCCGUCCUCCCUUACCGGGGCAGACCUGAACUGGUUCUACCGGUUAGAGCCAGAAACGGUAGACUCCUUCGACGAACUGAAGCAGAUCUUCCUCAACCACUUCAUGAUUCAAACGGACCGUCUUUACUCUGCCGAUGAUCUGUACACGAUUCGGCAAGGAGAGGACGAACCGUUGAGAGAGUACGCGGCGCGUUUUAGUCACGAGUACUCAAGGUGUCCGGAAACAGACGACAGGGCAGCCUACGGCGCCUUUAAGAGUGGCCUUCGGUCCUCACACUUCCGAUACCUAGUACACAGCAGCAACUAG